CAGAAGUUUUGUUGGACGGUCCCUUGGCCCGCAGGGAGCAGAGAGGCAGAGCGCAGCCGCUCAGUCUCAGUCAGUCAGGCUCAGCGCAGCAACAUCACACCAUGAAUGACGGCGCACCGGACCGGAGCAGGCACACGCACACACUCCUCCGUCUCACAUGAGCCGUGUGCUGGCGAAUCCUCCGUUUGAGCUGGCUUUUCAACACGUCACAUUGCUCCAACUUCACGGAUACAUCCGCAGUCCUCAGCCGCCUGAGCGAGACAUGUCUCCGUGAUGUUACAGCCUCCAUCUUCGCUGGGAGAAAACCAUGAAGAGAUGACCGGCUUGUAGAGCUGACAGCAGAGGAACUGACGGUAAAUGAGAGGCCGUCACCAUGCCCCCGGGGAAGUAUGGGAUGCAGGAGGAAUGGGAGAAGGAGGGGGACCUGGGGAUCAUGAUGGACUUCCUGCUGCCGACUGGGAUCUUCCUCAAAUUCCCUGUGUCUCGAAACGACACCAUCAAAGGCAUCAAAAAAAUGGUUUGGAAAAAUGCCAGAAGCGAGGCGCUAUUCAGUGCACUGGGUGAUCCUGAUGCGUACGUCUUCACCUGCAUCAACCAGACAGCAGAGAGGGAAGAACUGGAGGAAGAAUCGAGGCGCAUAAGCGACGUGCGGCCCUUCAUGUGUGUUCUGAGGCUGGUGGCCAGGGAGGGCGACCGAGUGGAGAAACUCACCAACACCCAGAUCAGCCAGUUGAUUGGCAAAGGUCUCCAUGAGUUUGAAGCCCAGAAGAACCAUGAGGUGAACGAGUUUCGGACGAAGAUGCGUACUUUCUGCGAAGAGAAGGCUCAGGAGCGGCAGAUGUUUCCAUGGCAGCAGUGGUUGGAAUACAGCUUCCCAUGUGAACUGGAGCCGUGCUGCUCUCUGCCGCAGAGCGGGAGCGUGAAGUCAAAAAACACCAAGAAGAUUUUCAUCAAUGUCAAGUUUGAGGCUUGUGAUGAAAGCUUCAUGCUGCAGCAGGAACCUCAGGACCUCCCACUGGCUCUGGUGAAGAGCGCCCUGAAGAAGAAGGCCACCGUCUUUCGCUCAGUGCGACAGGAGCCCGAGGACUACACUUUACAGGUCAACGGGAGGUGGGAGUUCAUCUAUGGGAAUCAUCCCUUGUGCCAGUUCAAAUACAUAUUCUCAUGUCUGAGAAAUGGUCAGAACCCUCACCUCACCAUGGUGCACCACUCCACCAUCAGCAAAUAUCAGGAGGAGCAGGGCAGAAUGUGCAGCCAGGCAUACAAGAGUCGCUCCUUGUCCAGACCUCCUCCACUACCCCUGAAGAAGCAGAACACGUCCUCUCUGUGGUCCAUCAAUGAGCCCUUCUACAUUCACCUGCUGCAGGGCAGCCGAGUCAAUGCAGACGAAGGAAUGAAGCUCGUGGUGCAGGCUGGUCUGUUCCAUGGCAGUGAGCUCCUCUGUAAGGUGGUGACAUCCUCAGAGGUGACAGUCAGCUCUGAGCCGCUGUGGGAUCAGAAGCUGGAGUUUGACAUAAACGUGGCUGACCUGCCUCGCAUGAGCCGCCUGUGCUUUGCGCUCUAUGCUGUCAUUGAGAAAGCCAAGAAACCCCGCGGCACUAAAAAGAAGAAUAAGAAAGCGGAUUGUCCAAUAGCCUGGGUGAACACCAUGGUGUUUGACUACAAGGACCAACUGAAGACUGGGGAGUUCCUCUUGUCCACAUGGCCAUCUGUUCCUGAUGACAAAAGCGACCUGUUGAACCCGAUGGGAACAGUCGAGAAGAACCCCAAUGUUGACAGUGCUGCCGGGCUUCUCAUUCGCUUCCCCAACAUCCGGCCACAUCCUCUCUAUUACCCUCUGCUGGACAAGGUGAGUGACAUGGAGAAGAAUGGCGAUGCCACCUAUGUCUCAAAAGAAGAGUACAUGAAGCUAAAAGAAAUCAUGGACAACAAAAACUACACAGAGUUCUUUGAGGAUGAGAAGGAGCUCUUGUGGAAGCUGCGCACAGAAGUCCGCGACCUUUUUCCUGAAAGUCUGUCCAAGCUGCUCCUCAUCACCAAGUGGAAUCGGCGUGAGGACGUAGUUCAGAUGGUGAGUCUACUGAGGAACUGGCCCGAACUCCCUGCCAUCCAUGCCCUGGAGCUCUUAGACUACAGUUUUCCCGACCCAGCAGUGCGUUCUUUCACGAUCAGAUGCCUCAGGAAGCUCAGUGGUGAUGAACUGCUGCAGUACUUGAUCCAGCUGGUCCAGGUGCUGAAGUACGAGUCCUACUUAGACUGUGACCUCACCACGUUCCUGCUAGAAAGGGCUUUGUCCAACUGGAGGAUAGGACACUUUCUGUUUUGGCAUCUCAGGUCAGAGAUUCACGUGGCAUCUGUGAGUUUGCGUUUUGGCCUGAUUCUGGAGGCCUACUGCAGGGGAAACAUCCACCACAUCAAGCUCUUAGCCAAACAGACCGAGGCUCUGGGCAAAAUGAAGGCCCUGAGUGACUUUGUCAAAUCGGGCUCCCAGAAGAUGACAGUGGACGACCUGAAGCUGUGUAUCAGACAGGAGUCGUACCUGGAGGCCCUGUCAGACCUGCUGUCACCGCUCAACCCCAGCGUCAUCCUUGCUGAGAUCUGUCCGGAUAAGUGCAGGUUCAUGGACUCCAAGAUGAAGCCACUCUGGCUGAUGUAUAAGAACCCCUGGGCCCAGGGAGACAUGGUGGGCAUCAUCUUCAAGAACGGAGAUGAUCUUCGACAAGACAUGUUGACCCUCCAGAUGAUCCAGCUCAUGGAGACUUUAUGGAAGAAAGAAGGCCUCGAUCUCAGGAUGAUCCCGUAUGGCUGCCUGUCCACUGGGAACAAGAUGGGGCUCAUCGAGGUGGUGAAGAACUCCGACACCAUCGCCAACAUCCAGCGUAACAGCAGCAACAGUGCCGCCACCGCUGCCUUCAACAAGGAUGCCCUGCUCAACUGGCUCAAAUCUAAGAAUCCUGAGGAAAAACUUGAUCAAGCAAUAGAGGAGUUCACGCUGUCCUGCGCCGGCUACUGUGUAGCCACUUACGUCUUGGGUAUUGGAGAUCGUCACAACGACAAUAUCAUGAUCAGGGAAACUGGACAGCUGUUCCACAUUGACUUUGGUCACUUCCUGGGCAACUUCAAACGGAAACUGGGGAUCAACAGGGAGCGUGUGCCGUUCAUCCUGACUUAUGACUUUGUCCACGUGAUCCAACAAGGAAGGACGAACAACAGUGAGAAGUUUGAGAGGUUCAGAGAGUACUGCGAGCGGGCCUACAAGAUCCUGUGUCGGAACGGGAUGCUGUUCGUCAACCUCUUUGCUAUGAUGAAGGCAGCAGGACUGCCAGAGCUCACCUCCUUCAAAGAUAUCCAGUAUCUAAAGGACUCUUUAGCUUUGGGCAAAUCAGAGGAAGAGGCACUGAAGAAUUUCAAAGUGAAGUUCAACGAAGCUCUGCGGGAGAGCUGGAAGACGAAGGUCAACUGGAUGAUGCACUCCUUGGCCAAAGAUAAUCGACCGUGAAGAACACUGGAAACCCGAAGACCCACCAAAUAUUAUGGAUUUUAACUUAUGGAGAUAAAAGGGAAGCAAACACAAUCAAAUAUUUUACUUUACUGAUGGCAUUCAAACACACUCCUCUCAUGUUUACACCUGACUGGCCUGUCUGUGGUUAAUAAUGACUGAAUGGAAUCAUCCAAAGAUUAUUCAACCAUGGAACAUAAUCUCAACACACAAACAUUUUCCUAAUGAAGGAAAUCCUCACGCUCAUCUUUCUCCCGUCAAACAUCAGAAUGCCUUUGCCUCCAGGACGUAUCGACAAAGAUUAUAAAUAUGCUUUUUUAAUGUGUUAAAAUUGCUACUUGAAAACCACCUGCACGUGCAAAAGUGUUAUGAAUCAUGGAAACAGGAGCAGAGACUGAAAGUUCAUUGCACCAACUGCAUCACUCUGCAGGGAGCAAACUGCAGACAAACUUCAUGAUGACUUUAGACAACGCCGUUUUAGUCACGGAGUUCCAUAUCAUGGCAGCAGUUUCACCUCAAGUCUCCUUUUGUACGGUUUACGACACUGGAUGGAUGUGUCAUUUCCUCUCAUUUCAGUUGCUUAUUUGCAAAUGUGUCUUUUUUUAAUUUUAUUUUAUUGUGUUUUAUUUAAUUCAGUAGCGCUGAGGUACUUGUACAAAGUCACGGAGGAUAUUUUAAAAAGAUAUUUUGUUUUACUGCUGUAUUGACGUGUAAUGUUGCCUUGAAGUGCAGUUUGUUGCCUUUGGAGUGCCAGCAGACAGGAAGCAUUGUAACAUUUACAAUUUAUUUUAAGAUGAGAAAAUAACUUUAGAUGGGUCCUUUAUUUUGAGAGCAUCCUUGUGUAUACCAGACUGUGUUACUCAGCAGACUCCUACAAAACAGCUACUACACAUUAAAGGAACAGUUCGACAUUUUGGUAAAUAGCCAUAUUUGCUUUCUUGCCAAGAGUUCAAUGAAAAGGUCUUCUGUAUACCACCCUCAUGUCUGUCCAUUAAAUGUGAAGCCAGGAGCCUUUAGCUUAGCUUAGUUUAAAGACUGGAAACAAAAUCAGCUUUUACACUGCCUUUUCAAGGCAAGAAUAUUGUGCUGUUAUUCUACCUUGCCGUCCUGUAUUAAAGGUAAGAUCGUGGAGUGGUUGACAGAGUUGUCUUGCGUUAAAGCCGGCAGGGGAGGUUGUAACAGUGCAUAAUCGACUUUUGUGUAAAAAGGACAGCGUGCAGGAUGGGUGUUAGCAGUUAGCAGCUAACUUGAAGAAGAACAGCAGCCCAAAAUGACUGCAAAUUGGUUGGUAUUACCGACUUGAUGCGGUUUUUUUUACAAAAACUGGACCGUUUUUUUUUUGUUUUUUUUGUUUUUUUCUCUCAUACUGACCCAACCCUAGCUGCCUGACGUGUGUUGUAUGUCCCACUAGAGCUCCACGCUGUUGUGUUACACAUUAUGCUCACCAUGCCUUUUGCUUCCAGAACGCCAUCAUGCUAUGUUAGGUGUUGUUUGGGUCUGUAUACAAAAGCAAAGCUAAGUCAUGAUUAGAUAGUUUGCACCCCUAUUGUGGGAUCUCUGUGUAAAAAGGGCGAUAGUGAAACAGCUAGCGUGACUGUAACUAACCUAACAAAACCUGCCUACCAGCAUGUCUAAACUGCAUUAAUUAAUACAUUAUAUCUUGCUUGUUAAAUCUGUAGAAAACCUGUAACAAAAAAAAAAAAAAAAAGACAA